AUGGCGGCCACUUCCAGCAUUUCCUCUUCCCUCUCUCUCAAUGCUAAACCCAAUAAACCCUCCAAGCCUUUCCGCUUCCUCCGUAACCACCUCCUUAAACCCUCAUUUUCCCCUCUUCCCGCUUCUCUCUCCACCUCAUCUCCUUCGCUUCAUCAUACAGUUUCUUCAUCGAGAAACUCAAACCACCCUCUCGCCCUCCUCGCAGACAACGACGACUACGACGAGAAGCCACGCGAGGAGUGCGGUGUCGUCGGAAUCUACGGCGACUCUGAAGCUUCACGCCUCUGUUACCUAGCUCUCCACGCGCUUCAACACCGAGGCCAAGAAGGUGCAGGCAUCGUCACCGUCAGCAAAGACAAGGUUCUCCAGACAAUCACAGGCGUUGGGUUGGUCUCGGAGGUGUUCAACGAGUCCAAACUAGACCAAUUGCCCGGCGACAUCGCCAUCGGCCACGUCCGUUACUCCACCGCCGGCUCCUCCAUGCUCAAAAACGUCCAGCCGUUCGUCGCCGGGUACCGAUUCGGCUCCGUCGGCGUCGCCCACAACGGGAAUUUAGUCAAUUACACGAAACUCAGAGCCGAUCUCGAGGAGAACGGUUCGAUUUUCAACACCAGCUCCGACACCGAGGUCGUGCUUCAUUUGAUUGCCAUCUCCAAAGCUAGGCCCUUUUUCAUGAGGAUUGUCGACGCUUGUGAGAAGCUUCAAGGUGCGUAUUCGAUGGUGUUUGUUACCGAGGAUAAGCUCGUCGCUGUUCGUGACCCGCAUGGGUUUAGGCCUUUGGUGAUGGGUAGGAGAAGUAACGGAGCUGUUGUGUUUGCUUCGGAGACUUGUGCUCUUGAUUUGAUUGAGGCUACUUACGAGAGAGAGGUUUAUCCUGGUGAGGUUUUAGUUGUGGAUAAGGAUGGUGUGAAAUCUCAGUGCUUGAUGCCUCACCCUGAGCCAAAGCAGUGUAUUUUCGAGCAUAUAUACUUCUCGUUACCGAACUCGAUCGUGUUUGGUCGGUCUGUGUAUGAGUCUAGGUAUGUGUUUGGAGAGAUAUUAGCCACUGAGUCAGGUGUGGAUUGCGAUGUGGUGAUCGCUGUGCCUGACUCUGGCGUUGUGGCUGCUCUUGGCUACGCGGCGAAAGCCGGGGUUGCGUUUCAGCAAGGUUUGAUUAGGUCUCAUUACGUUGGGAGGACGUUUAUUGAGCCGUCUCAGAAGAUCAGAGACUUUGGCGUGAAGCUGAAGCUGUCCCCUGUUAGAGGUGUUUUGGAAGGGAAGAGAGUUGUUGUUGUGGAUGAUUCGAUUGUUAGAGGAACGACUUCGUCUAAGAUUGUGAGGUUGUUGAGAGAAGCGGGUGCGAAGGAGGUUCACAUGAGGAUAGCGAGUCCUCCGAUUGUGGCGUCUUGUUAUUACGGGGUGGACACGCCUAGCUCGGAGGAGCUGAUAUCGAAUAGGAUGAAGGUUGAUGAAGUUAGGGAUUACAUUGGGUGUGAUUCUCUUGCGUUUUUGUCGUUUGAGACUUUGAAGAAGCAUUUAGGGGAGGAUUCUAAGACUUUCUGCUAUGCUUGCUUUACCGGGAACUAUCCGGUGAAGCCGACGGAGGAUAAGGUGAAGAGAGGAGGAGGGGAUUUUAUCGAUGAUGGUCUUGUUGGAGGAAUGAACAACAUUGAAGGAGGUUGGGUUCGAUAG